GCGGGCGGCGGUGGCGGGGCUUGCCGGGAGCAUGGCUGCCAGGGAGGCGGGCGGCAUGGUGCUGGGCAAGUCAGCCGAGAAACUCUUCUCUCUGAGCGGACUCUUCGCCGUCUACAAGCCCAAGGGACCCACCUCGGCCGGCGUGCUCAACCUCCUGAAGGAGAAGCUGCUGGCAGAAGCUGGUGUGCAAACUAAUGGGAAGACAAGAAGCCAGGUUUUGAAAAUUGGACAUGGUGGAACAUUGGACAGUGCAGCAGAAGGAGUUCUGGUGGUUGGUAUUGGAAAAGGAACAAAAAUGCUGAGGACUAUGUUGGCAGGUUCCAAGAAGUACACUGCCAUUGGUCUACUGGGCAAAGCUACUGAUACAUUAGAUGCUACAGGAAAAGUAACUGAAGAAAAGCCUUAUGACCAGAUAACAAAGGGAGAUCUUGAAAAUGUGCUGCAGAAGUUUAUAGGGGAGAUAAUGCAGGUUCCUCCACUUUAUUCUGCUUUGAAGAAGGAUGGAGAAAGACUGUCAACUCUUAUGAAGAGAGGAGAAGCAGUAGAAGCCAAGCCUGCUCGACCAGUAAGAGUAUACAGCCUCUCCCUCCAGCAGUUCCAGCCACCACUGUUCACACUGGAUGUUGAAUGCAGUGGUGGCUUUUAUGUCAGGAGCCUGGUCAGUGACAUUGGCAAAGAACUCUCUACCUGUGCCAUGAUGCAAGAACUGACCCGAACCAAACAGGGGCCAUUUACACUAGAGGAACAUGCCCUGUAUGAAGACAAAUGGACAAUUGAUGAAAUUGCACGAUCCUUGGAGCAUUGCAUGUCUCUUCUCUCAGAAGAGCCAUCUCAUAAAAAAUUGAAGACAGGGCAUCCUGGUGAAACUGCUGUGAGCUGUGAAGAUAAGUGAUAAGUUGGGUCAAGGAGAAAGACUGAAUAAUUGAGACAUUUUAAGACUGGAUAGGGAUUGUCUUGCCUCCUGUGUGAAUUUUCACAUCUGUACUGGGAGAGUGAAGAACUGCAGUGCAAGAAAAAAGGGUUCUUUUGUUUUCUGGGGCUAGAACAUGCACUGAAAAUAUCCAAUGCUUGCUAUUUCCUGACCUGUUUAUUUUCCCUCUUGAAUACAAUAAAUGGGUCUGCUGCUGAUGUGAAAUCCUCAAACUUUUAAAGAACUUGUGAGGUGAAAAUAAGCCAUCGCUGCUAAUUCCUCGAUAGAAAAUUAUAAACGUUAGGUUUUGAUACAUGUGCUCAAAGAAACAAAUUAUUUUUUUUUCUUUCUUUAUAGCUGGUAAUCAAAGCCUGAAAUACCAUGGUGACAGGACUGUCAGAGAUUGAACACUACAAGAGUGUGGUGUGGCAACUCUCUUUUAUAAUCCAUUUCAGGAUAUGUCCAUUUUACUGUAGUUUCUCCUGUGUGAAUUGCUCUUUCAAUCAAAUGUUAUCCAGAAUGAAUUAAAUAUCUAUGCUAAUAAUUUACAUUAAAUUUAAAGUAAAAGUGUGAGUGAAUAGAAAGUAUAAACAAUACCCAAAAAUAGCAGUUUGAUAACAAAUGCUCUGAAGAGUACAGUUGUCAUUACAGGUGAACAUCUUUUUCUGGUACAAUGUCACAGUUGGUGACCAUCCCUAAUGUAAAAUAAAGUUAACUGUUCUGCCUUUCAUAGGGCUUAUGGACUUUACUUUUGCCAUCUGUGUGUUGCUUGAUCUGUCUCCUAUGACUGAUGAGCUUGUGGGCUUUGAUUUGGUCCUGAUGAGAAGUUACGUGGGCAUCAGAGGGAUCCACCAUCAAGGAUCCUUGCUGAAACUAUUUGAAUUGACUGGGGCAGUGAGGACAUGUUCCCCAGUUCAUGUAGUCAGCAGAAUGUGAUUACACUGAUAGUUUCUCACCACUGCUUCCCAUGGGAUUUCCAAAAUGACUGAAAGACAGUGUGCUAAAAAUCCCUGUCUGUUUCUGUGAGUGUAAUGAACUGUCCUAAGAUGACUUCUAGAUGUGUUCCCCCCUGCAAGUUAGUAGCAGCUUUUUUCAUCUUGUCAUAAUGAGGACUGUGAGGUGUAGUUUAAACAUUCUUCUCUGAGAGUUCUGAGACUUCUGAGAGAAAGUCCUGUUUUUGAAAUUGUCACUGAAAUGUCACCUAAGAGAAAUGGACUGGCUGCUCUUACAGUUUUAUGCUGCUGCUGGCCAAGUGGCCUGCUGUGGCUUUGUACAACUUCUGCACCUUUGGGCUUUGGUUCUGCAGUACAAGACCUUGAUUCUUUCUCUAAGUGAUUGGAUGC